GUCCUCCCGCUGACCGCCGACAGAGGAUGAGCAGCACAGUGCUCGUACAGCGUCUCCAUACGGCGCUUAGACGGAUUCACGAGACCGAAGCCAAGCUCAUCGCUUCGUCAGAGUCUGCUCAGACUGCUAGCCAUGGCACUCCCAGAACGAGCAGAAGCGCCUCACAGAGCGAAUUGGGACCCAUUCCGGGUUCGAGUACGGGCAUCGAUACCCCUGCGAGAGAUUUGCCAGUACCCAUCCAAUCAAGUACAAGAUCACGCCAAGCGAGCGUGGCGAUUGUGCUGCGCAUACGACCAGCCAAUGAUAUUUUGAGUCAAGGUCUUUCUUCGACCCCAUCCGCAAGCUCGAGCGCUUCGGACGCUGCUACUUCGCCACAAGAUGACCGAGCGGGUAUCUCAAGAUCCGGUAACAGUUCAUCGUCGCUCAUCAGAAUAGAAGACCACACCCGACCCCUCACGUCGGCAACAUUGGAGAGCGAAGCGUCCACGCGGCAAGCCAGUGCGAAUGACGAGAUGCUACAACGACUGGACGCCUUCUUUGCGCAAGAGUGGGUCAAGACGGGUACACCCGAGAUACUCUACAUCAAGCGAGCAAGUCGAGCGUCUGACAAAUGGUCCGGCCACGUCGCCUUUCCGGGUGGGCGCAGAGAGCCAGACGACGAGGGCGCACUUUACACAGCUCUGCGAGAAAGCUGGGAGGAGGUAGGCAUCGAUCUAGCCGAACGCGAGGUCUUGUCAGUCGGUCAGCUGGAUGAUAGGGAGAUUACGACAAGUCUGGGCAAACGACUUCUCAUGAUUCUAUCACCAUUUGUGUUUCUACACACGAGUCCUGACAGGCCUGUGCCUGAUCUACAACCGUCUGAGGUCGCGUCAGCUCACUGGAUACCUUUGUCCUUGCUUCAUCUGCCCCAGGUACGCUGGUCAGAUGUCAAGAUCGACGUCAGCAAGCGAAUGGCUCCGAGAAGUACGUUGAUACGAUGGGCGCUGAAGGGUCUCGUUGGCAACAUGUACUUUCGCUGUAUCCUGCUUCCCAAUGACCCUGUCGCAAUCGGUCAGAUCAGCCCCGACGAUGAGCUAGGUGCGAGACGACCCGAAUUGCGUCUCUGGGGUCUCACUCUGGGCAUGACGCUAGAUGUCAUCUCGCACAUGACCGACAGACCGAUAGAGGCACUAGAGACUUCACCUGCGACUUACCCACUCAAUCCUGCUUUGCCUAGCGUUUCCCAGUCAAACGCAGGACGCAAAUCUUCGCAGAUCGCGCCGCCCGUCUCGAGCAUCUUCCCCAGAUUUACCUUUUGGGAUAUCAAUUUCUGGAUCUACGUCCUCGGUUGGCGAUACCGUCGUCUGGUCGAUCAAUGGCAUGCUCGAGAAGCGCUGUCUGGCGCGGCGGACAGACGUACCAAUUGGGCAGGCCUGGCGCUAGGGUCAUACUACAGCGCGCUCAGAAAGGCACUCAUCGUCGCCAUUCUGAUUCGGGCGACUGUGGUCACAUCUCUCACCAGUGCAGGAGCAUAUUGGCUCGUCAAGCGAUGGCGAGCACGGCAAAAGAUGAUUGCAUUGUAAAUGUCGCGCAUCCCGACAAGACCAUUGCGAGUAUGUUUGAGCAUACACUGCGUGCGGUGCGAGAUACACAAAGAUGAUCUGGCUUCAUAUGUAGAAAAGAAGGAACCAACAAGCGUGAGCACUGGCUGUGAUUCGGCAAAGCGAAGCGUUGCAAACUUUUCAUCUGAGAGAUUUACUGGCUACGAUGGCCACCAAAAGGUACAGCAAAGGCAUGCAUACAUACCGCUCUUGGCUUGCAAGUCAGACUCAUCUAGAUACC